CAAAAUUUGGUUGCAUAUUUUUAAUUUCCUUUCACUGUGCUUCUUCCACUCUACCUGAUUUCUAUUUUAUUCCUGUCUCUCAGCAGUAAAUAUUUUUGUUUGUGUUCCAUGGAUUCUUGAAAGAGAGAGAUGGGAAAAGUGCAGAGGGAAAGAGAGAGAAAGAGGAUAGGGGAUUUUUAAAAUAUAAAUGUAUUUUUUGUGAUGUCCCCAAAAUAUAUGAAUAUAUAUUUAUCUAUUAUUUCAUGACUUUAUUAACUACUAUUAUAACCAUUCAAACACAAUUAAAAUAUUAUAUUUGCAUGUGUGUUCUCAAAGUUAUAUAUGAAUUUCAUGGAUUUACAUAGAAAAAGGUGCCUCCUAAGACAACUUGAAAGGGUAGUCUAACUUCGUCUAUUUUCUAGUCAUAUGAGAACAUUUUAAAAUUAAAUAAUUUUAAUAAGUUUUUUCUCAUUUGAAUUUAAUCCAAUCUUGUGAGAUACAUGGUGUUGCUCUCAUUUUAUCCCAGUGGGUGUUAAGGAAAGGCGUUCAUAAACACUGUAGAUAAUUUGAGUAAUCUAGGGUUUACUUACAUGGAUAAAGUGUUUGGAUUUAAAAAUCCCUCUAUUCAUUCUUCCUUGUCAAUUUUAAAAAAUGGUGAUUUGAGAACCACAUAAAUUAGCAGGUUUGUUUGUUUGCUUGUUUGCUGUUAACAUGAGAAGUUCAGCCAACAAAUGUAUGAAGCCAUUUAUUUAUUUUAUUUAAACAGGAAAUUACAUCCAGAUGGGCACAACCAAUCACUGCCUCUUCCAUCACUGUCUAGGAUAUUAUCACGUCCUUCUAAGAAACAAACAUGAAGAUGGAACUGAAUGCUCUCUGUUUCACAGGAUAUUGCAUUUAUGAGUUGUCAUCUAGUCCUUUCCAACUCAAAGCAAUCCUGCGGGUGUCAGAGUAGAACUGUGCUCCAUAGGAUUUUCAAGACUGAUUUUUGGUAGUAGAUUAUCAGUCCUUUCUUCUGACGUGCCUCUGGAUGGAAUUGAACCACCAAACUUUGAGUUAGCAGCAAGUACAUUCAUCAUCUGUACCACGCCGAGAGUCCAACUGCGUUUAGGACCCAUAAAUAUCAACUAAAAUGUCAGUGUUGCCAUCAGGACUGGAUGCACACAGGAUUCGGUUGAAGAACACCACUGAAGUCACCAUGUUUGUAUUGCGGGGUUUUACAGACAACUUUGAGCUGGAAGUCUAUCUCUUUUUACUAUUUCUUGCAAUCUAUAUUUUUACUCUGGUGGGAAAUUUGGGACUGGUUUUAUUAGUCUUGGUAGAUUCCCGGCUCCACAAUCCCAUGUACUAUUUUCUGAGUGCUUUAUCAUUCUUGGAUGCCUGCUAUUCUUCAGUUAUCACACCAAAAAUGUUGGUCAAUUUCCUGGCAGAAAAUAAAACCAUUUCAUUCCUUGGACGUGCAACACAGAUCCUACUCUUUGUCACUUUUGGGACCACAGAAUCAUUUCUCUUGGCGGCAAUGGCAUGUGAUCACUACGUAGCAAUCUAUAACCCACUUCUGUAUUCAGUUAACAUGUCAUCUAGAGUCUAUGUGCCACUCAUCAUUUCUUCCUAUGUUUGUGGUGUUUCACAUGCUACUUUACACACAGUAGCAACUUUUAGCCUCUCCUUCUGUGCAUCCAAUGAAUUUAGACAUGUGUUUUGUGAUAUCCCUCCACUCCUUGCUAUCUCCUGUUCUGACACUCACAUCAACCAGCUUCUACUCUUCUAUGUGGUAGGUUCAGUUGAAAUAUUCACCAUCCUGAUUGUCUUGAUCUCUUAUGGUUUCAUUUUAAUGGUCAUUCUGAAGGUGCGUUCUGCUGAAGGGAGGCGAAAAGUGUUUUCCACUUGUGGCUCUCACCUAACUGGAGUGUCAAUUUACCAUGGAACAAUCCUCUUCAUGUAUGUGAGGCCAAGUUCCAGCUAUGCUUUGGACCAUGACAUGAUAGUGUCUGUAUUCUACACCAUUGUGAUUCCCAUGCUGAAUCAAAUCAUCUACAGUUUGAGGAACAAAGAUGUAAAAGAAGCUAUGAAAAAGUGUUUGAGAGAAAUUGGUUCAUAA